GCUCAGUUUUUUUGGCUAAGCAGGAUUUUUUUACCCCGUCGACUUUCUGACUCUGUUUUGUUGAAGCAGGCAGUCCUUCUCUGCUUCAUUUCUUUACGAAAAGUAUUUACAGCAUCAACCACCGACAAAUCCAGUUAUUUUUUCUUCCACCACAGGGGGGUAAUUGUGGUGCGUGUUAGUUUCAUUUUGUACUGGAAAAGUAAACGGCUCUUAGUAGAAGAAGCCGGUUACUAACCGUAGUCCGAAAUCUUCAAGAUGGGUAACUGCUUCUGCCCGAAAUCAGAAGCUGCCGGGGUGGAGCUGCGGGAGGAACAGCCGGUCGAUGGAAGGGAAAAAAGGCCUGCGCACACUUUCACCAACGGAGCGGUGUAUACCGGAGAGUGGGUAAACGACUCGCGGGACGGCUACGGCACCCAGAAUUGGCCAGACGGAGCGGUGUAUGAAGGUAUCUAUAAGUGGUAGCAGUGCGAUUUCGUAUCAUGUAUAGGUGUAGGCAUGAACUUCCCUGAAGACUGCUGGACUCUCAGCAUUGUAUGUGAGGCGCAAUACAAAAAACUCAAUUGCAAAGGUCAAUGGAAGGACGAUAAGGCACAUGGCUUCGGAAAGUUUAUCCACACGGAUGGAGACAUAUACGAAGGGCAGUGGCACGCGGAUAAGGCACAAGGGGACGGAACUUACUACCACGAAGACGGCUCAAAAUACACCGGGCAGUGGUAACUACAACUUGCUGUUUCAGGUCUUUGUUAUUGCGGUUGGUCAUGCGAAAAUACACAUCACAACCACAAGAGAGUACCGGUGACGGUGUGUUUUGCAGGACCACAUGACAUCAGAUGAAAAUGCAACAUCAUUCAAAACUCAUAAUACCAGGCACGAAGAUAAGCAGCACGGGUACGGCGUAGAGCAGUGGCCAGACGGUGCGAAGUAUGAAGGGCAGUAUGUCGCGGGAAAGAAGGAAGGCGAAGGACGAUUCAGCUGGGACGAUGGUAUAGUAGAAGUGUACAGCACGACUUCUUUGCGAUUGGUACGCCAAAAACGCAUGACAGAGAAACUUGAAAUUUCCAGUAGCAGCGCGAGCAGCGGUUCUUGCACAAGGCGGGUUACUACUAGUGUCAUACGAAAACAAAGUACAUGAAAACUCACAGGUUCAUCCUACAAGGGCGAAUUCAAGCUGAACGAAAUUCAUAUGAGAACGAGAAAGUGGAGAUAAUUACCGUGACGUCCUCCGGUUUACGCUGACAUGCAUAGAAUACCGCGUUCAAUAAAAGGCGUAAAAAGCCCUGUGUGCCGUUUGCGAAGCAUGAAGGUAGUCUGUCGCUGUUGCAGCGAUCUUGUUUAUUAUAUUCGUUUUACCACAGUACAACGUCGCAAUCGCGAUCAUUAUCUCACUUCUCCCCUUGCACACCCCACGGCCUCGGCGUGUACGUGUGGGCGGACGGGCGACGCUUCGAGGGCCAGUGGCAGAAGUCGCGGAUGCACGGUAGCGGCACGUUUUCCUGGAGCGACGGGCGAGUUUACAAGGGCGAGUACAACAACGACCAGAAGCACGGCUUCGGCGAGUUCACCUGGCCAGACGGACGAAAAUACGCGGGCCAGUGGUUCAACGCCAAGCAACACGGUUCGGGCACCUACACUAUGCAUUGCAAAAAUAUCUGGGUCUGGGAAGUUGAAACUUGUAAUGCUAGCUUUACAUUACUGAGAAAUCAGUUUUGCAUAAGCAACAAACGACGCAGCCGCUUUUGUCAUGCAAAAACGC